AUGCAUUUCCGCGUCUCAUCGUUUUCGUCUGCGGCUAGUGUAACAAUAGUAUUGGUGCUGCACCUGUCAUGUUUCACGAAAAAUAUUUCGGCAUCGGAAUUUCCACUCUCUGAAGAGGAAGACAGCAAAUCCGAUUGGUCUGAAAUAGUUCCGACAGAUGAUGGCAUAUUCACCACGGUGCCAUCGGUAUUUGGCCAAGACGAAGUGAACGAAACCAAUACAACACCAUCAGAUGUUUCAUUAAACCCGACGGAAGAAGAGCUGCUAAUUGGAAAACUAACCACAGCAGAGGUUUCGGUAGAGGUGAGUGAUGAACCGAUCAUCGAAAAAUUACCUCCACAAGAAGAUAAUCCGUCAGACGAAAUCAAUUCCUACCAACAGUCCCAAACAGAAGUUACGUAUUAUGUAGAUGAUCCAACGAACACCGAAAGACCAGACUCGGAGGUUUCAUACGAGGUGAAAAGUGAGACAACCACAAAAACUACACAGCCAGCAGAGGCUUCGACCAAAGGUAACAUAGUUGCUGAAAACCCGUGGAUACAGAAGAUACAGAAUUCCAAGUCCAGAAGUCUUGGACUUUUCCGACAGAAUGACACCAGCAAAAUGUCUUCUAGAAAACCACUUUUGUUGGGCCAGAUUAUCUCAAACAUCCUAUAUGGUGACCCUUGGUCGGCUCCGCAAACAAACUUAAAGUGUGCCAAUGACAUGAGGCUAUACAACAUACACAUGCAAAACUUGACCAUGUGGGCAUUUAGAAUGUUAGAUGCCACAUCAAAAGGUCCUGAAGGACUUGUAGACGCAAACACAUUCAGUUUCGGAAAUUUCGACCAAUGUAUUGAAACAAAAUCUAAAAACCUCGGUAUAUCUGGUGGAUACACAUUAGUUGACAUUGAUUUUCGACCAAGUGUUCAAGUAUAUCCAGGAUUUUAUGACAACGAUCACUCGAAAGAUUACGAACCGUUUGACCAAGACACGUCGACAUGGGAAGUACUAAAGCACAACGUACAAGAGGCUUAUGUACAAAGGCACAAGUUUCAAUGGGCCGUGUGUUUACCAGAUACUUGUCAAUCGGAAGACGUUCAAAAGAUCGUGAGCAACGUAUUAAUACCAGAGAUGAACCGUCAUGGAUUGGAAGGUGAUGUGACCAUCGACCCAUUGUUGCACACUUCCAAAGAAAAUGUGUAUAAAUUCACUGUGGGUUUCUUCUUUGUCUGUUCAAUGUACGUGAUGGUCGGACUACUUGUCAUCGCAGGCACCUUAUAUGAUUUAAUUUAUUUACAUUACCGACCAAAAUCUGAACACGGACCAAUGAAAAAAAUCAUGAAACCGUUUUCACUUAUUUCAAACUUUGAAAGACUUCUAAAACCAUCGGAGACCGAAGAGUUUUCAAUUAUUAACGGAUUUAAAGUAUGUGCAAUUCUACAAGUCAUUAUCGGUCAUAGAUGGUUUAUUGAGCUUGGAAACCCACAGUCAAAUCCCAAUUUCACUCAUUGGAUGGUUCAUAAUUUCUGGUUGGGCUACUUUAAAUGCACCAUAUUUUUGGAAACAUUCUUUGUAAUAAGUGGAUUCCUGACUUUCUAUCUAAUUACAAAACAGCUUACGGAAAAAAAACAUUUGAACUUUAUACCCAUAAUGAUUUAUCGAUGGUUGAGAAUAUUCCCAGUGUACGGAACACUUAUAGUCACAUACAUUUUCGUACUUCCGUAUCUGAAUAGUGGUCCUUAUUGGAGGAUGAUCGUGUACAAGGAAUCGGAAAGGUGUCAAAACAACUGGUGGACAAACGUACUUUUUAUCAACAACUACGUUCACACUGAUGAGUUGUGUAUCAUCCCGUCGUGGUAUUUAGCUUGCGACAUGCACUUCUUCAUAGUUGGUACACUACUCACCUAUGUAAUUUGGAAGUGGAGGAAACAAGGGCUCGUGAUACUUGGGGCGUGUUUGACUUUUUCAACAGUAAUUCCUGCUUAUAUAAUAAUGAAUGAGAAGCAUCGAGGAACGGCUGAUAUUACUCCUCAAAAUCUUAAAGAUCUCAGCAAAGAAAGAUUUUACACUGAAGUGUAUAUAAAAAGCCACAUGAGGUCAAUGACUUACUUUGUUGGAAUCUUAGCAGGAUACAUUUACACGAGGUUGAAGGACGCUGAUUACAAGUUGUCAUUGAAAAGUCGUAUUUUCUGGGCUCCAGUUGUCCUCAUGAUUGGCAAUAUUAUAUACUUGAGUUCUGGAACAUUCUUUACACUAGGACACAAAUAUGUAAAUUACGAGCACGCAAUGUACUUUACAGUCGGCCGACUUGUGUGGUCUAUUCUUAUCUCAUACGGGAUAAUAGGUCACGGACUCUCCGGAUUUGGGGUUUGCAUCAGUGGCUUUUUAGGUCACAGAGUUUUCCACGUUCUUGGAAAAUUGGUUUUUUGCAUUUACAUGUACCAGGAAAUCAUUCAACUCCAAACGAUUGGAUCCAUCGAGAAACCGACAUACCAAAACUUAACAUUAAUGUUUUGGAGAUUUUGUGCUGACAGCACGGUGGCCAUCAUGUACGCAUUUGUUAUCAAUGUAAUGAUCGAAUCGCCAUUUGACAGAGUUCAGAAGAAUGUUAUGAAACUAUUUGUUGGAGAUGCGUUUUCAAAGCCGAAACCACAAGUACCAAUUGAAAAAACUAAAAACAUAUCUGAGAACGGUGUGGCUCAAGCAUAG